GAACACCGCUCGCUCUCUCUCACUCUCCCUCUCUCACCUGCUGCACCUCUCCCUCUCUCUCGCUCUCUCACGCACACAGGAAGAGAGAGAAGAAGAGAUGAAAGGAAGAUAGGAAUAACAAUAACGAGAACAGUAAUAAUAAUAACAAUAAUAACAAAAAUAAUAAAAAUAAUUGAUAUAUAUUUUAAACCAAUUAUAGAAAACGGAAAAAAAAUAAAGAAAAUCUGAAAGAAAGUUAAGACAAGUUAAGAAAAGAAAAAAAAUUAGUUAUAUUAUUUAAUUUCUUUUUAUUUUGCUAAUUUUAUAAGAUGUAAUUUUUAUUGUAAGUGUAAUCAAAAAGUGUAAUUCAUCCAGGUGCAAUCAGAAUGCGCUUGUACACCUGUCUUACUGUGCUGCUGCUGUCAACAGGCGGGGUGGGCGCGGAGAACAAGUGUGACACGAAGAAGAGGGAGCUGGAUAAAUGCCUGGCCAAGAUGGCGCCUUUCAUGCCUCGUGUCGGCCUUCCCUACACCCCCACUGACCUCGCCAACAUGUGCAAGGCGUUCAAGGGAGGAAUGGUUUGUGUCGACAGAUACACAGCAGCUUGUCUGACGGAAGCAAAACAAAAUGACUUGCAACAGACUCUGCAAGGGGCGAGAUCUUUUCUGGCCUUCCUCUGCGACGACCCUGUAUUCCAAAAAGAGUACCUUUCUCACGGUAACUGCCUUCGUGACGUGAGUGAUGACUGGGCCAAGUGUCAACACCAUUACAAGGGUAUGGUUUGGCUGCAACACCGCCUUACUAACAUCACCGAAGCAGCGAGAGACCAUAACAUUUGCUGCAUCAGAGAGGAACUCCUAACCUGCGUUUACAGAUACAGUGUGUUCCGGUGCAGGAGACACGAGGCACUGUUUGUCAAGAAAGUCACUGCCACACUCUCAUACAGUGACUUGCAGGAGGAGAAGUGCAAGAAUAUUAGCAGAGUCACAUGCGGGUCCUCUCCUCUCACUCUCGCCUCCUCCGUGUGUCUAUGCGCGUGUCUAGUGCAGCUACUGAAGGCCCUGGGGUUUGUGGGGGAUUGAAAAGGUGUGUUUGUGUGUUUGUGGGUGUGUGUUUAGGGUUUGUAAAGGGUUGAGAAAGGGUUAUGGGUGUUUUGCGUGUUCAAAGGGUGAAAAUGUGAUUCGAUGUGUUUUCCUGUUUUUUUUUAGUGAAAUGGUGAGUUUUUUUUUGGUGUUUUGGUAUAAAUUGUUGUGUUUUUGGAUGUUUGUGUGUGUGUGUGUGUGUGUUUCUUGGAUGUUUGAGUGUGUGUGUGUGUGUGUGUGUGUGUGUGUGUGUGUGUGUGUGUGUGUGUGUGUCUGUUUCUCCAUCCGUCCCUCAUCCCUCCAACCCUCCCCCUCCUCUCUCUCUCUCUCCCUCUCUUUCUCUCUCUCUCUCUCUCACUGGUCAUAUGUUAAAAUACACACCUGCGUCAUGUGUGUGUGUGUGUGUGUGUGUGUGUGUGUGUGUGUGUGUGUGUGUGUG